GAGAAAAGAGGGGCUGAAGGAAGAGCUCCUUCGGAGGAAUGUCUCCUGCUCUCUCUCUCCUCCCUCCCCUCUCGGCAUGAAUGCUGAGAGUUGCGUGUCUUUCUGCGACCCGUCGGCUGCUAGCAUGGAUUCCUUCUACAACGCCGCCUCGCAAGGCAGCGUCGACGGCUCCUCGCCUUUUAGGGCAUUUCCCGGCAGCAGCGACAAAUUCGGCUCCGCUUUCCUGGCCGGCAAAGGACAAAGCUUUGGAGACAGCGGCGGGGGCGGCAGCAGCAGCGGCGGCGGCGGCGGCGGCAGCAACAACAGCCCCAAGCGCCGGAGCCGCUACAGCCAGCCGGAAUGUCCGUCUCUGGACGGCAGCGGCGCGCAGCAGCCACAGGCUCUCCCGACCGCCGCUGCCUCCGCCACCACCGCCUUUAACAAGUACCACUUGCAGCAGCAGCAGCAGCAGCAGCCGCCGCUCUACGGGCAGCGCGGCUCUUGUAAAAGCCCCCCGAGCAGCAACCUCAAGCUGCAGGACGCCAGCGCCCACAACGGAGCCCUGCAGCUUUCUUGCUUCGCUAAAGAAAGUUCACUGGGAGAGACUGAACUACAGGCAGGAUCUGAUUCUGCUGGAAUGGAUAGUAGUUACCUCAGCGUGAAAGAGACCAGUGCGAAGACGUCUCAAGAGAGGGCAAGUAAUGAUCUUCCCAGUCCAAUGGACAAGACUGAUUCAGAGAGCAACAAGGGCAAGAAGAGGCGUAACCGUACCACCUUCACCAGCUACCAGUUGGAAGAGCUGGAAAAGGUCUUUCAGAAGACCCAUUAUCCAGAUGUCUACGCCAGAGAGCAAUUAGCCAUGAGGACAGAUCUCACUGAAGCCCGAGUACAGGUUUGGUUUCAGAACCGAAGAGCAAAAUGGAGAAAACGAGAACGAUUUGGUCAAAUGCAACAGGUUCGCACACAUUUCUCCACUGCCUAUGAGUUGCCUUUGCUAACUCGAGCAGAGAACUAUGCCCAGAUACAGAAUCCUUCCUGGAUCGGCAACAAUGGUGCCGCCUCCCCUGUGCCUGCCUGCGUAGUGCCCUGUGACUCGGUGCCUUCCUGCAUGUCCCCCCAUGCUCAUCCGCACACCACCGGAGGAGUCUCCGAAUUCCUGAGCGUCUCAGGUCCCGGCAGCCACGUGGGGCAGACGCACAUGGGCAGCCUCUUUGGCAGUGCCGGCAUCAGCCCCAGCAUCAAUGGUUACGAGUUAAACGGCGAGCCCGACCGCAAGUCUUCCAGCAUUGCAGCCCUGCGGAUGAAAGCCAAGGAGCACAGUGCUGCCAUAUCGUGGGCAACAUGACAGGGCUGCUGCUUUUGCCCUCAAGAAACUGACAGCUCAAGCAGGACAGAUGACCCAAACCCUCUGCUCUUGGACUGGGGGCAGUGUGCGCCCUCCUCAGAGGUCUGAAUGCAGCACUUUUUGCUUUCUUAGGGAGAAUGGCAUGGUGCCGAUUGCCGUAUUUGGAGUGUUUUAAGCAUGUAGGCCUUUCCCCACCCCCACCCCUCCUCCCCAGGAACAGGAAUGUGGAAGUCAAGAGGGGAUAUUUCUCCUGCAUCAGACAAACUUGAGUUUUCAAUUCCCCUUGUGCUGUUGUUCUCCUGAUUGCCAGUUUUCUGUUGUUCCUGCUCUAUCUAGCAUGAAAGCUGCCUCCCACCAAGGCUUCCAUCAUGUAAGCGUUUGGCCUUUUCCACAGUAAUAUCGGGGUGGGGUGGGGGAGGAUUCCAAAACGUGCUGUCUUUCUUUUUAAAUAGUCCUGUAUUUUCCCAUGAGAUCCUCCCUCCCCCCCUUCCCCCUCCCCCCUUCACAUUUCUGACUCCAGAAAAUCUAUUAAAGUGGAAGGGGGGGGGAAAUAGCUGCACAGGGUUUCUUGAUUGGGAGCAUUAGGAGCCCUCCAUCUGGAAGUUCAUCUGAUUUCUUUCUCUUUCUCUCUGUCAAACAAACAAGAAAACAAAGGCCAACCCACAAUUUCUGGCUAAUUGCUCCCAUGUGAGCUCUUGUGAAACCCUUAUAUUUUAAUGGAGCAGAAGAGAUUUAUGUAUGAUCUCCAGCACCAAAAAGCAUGUGGCUGCUAUCACUGUAGAUGGCUGAUGCCAAAGACUGGGGAGACGGAAUGCAUCUUGAGUAAAAGGUGUCCUGAUUCAGGUACCCUACAGCAAAGUUGCCCUAAGGCAACAGAAAAUCUAUCCACACCUUAUCUUCCACGUGAACUGUGUGAGUUACUGAGUUGCUUUAUGUCAUUUUUCUUUUAUUCUGUCAUUUCAAUCUCCUCUUCUAGCCAAAGGAUGCAGUAGUGAAGGCAUGAGUCAACUGUGGGUUCAAUGAAAGGCAAGCUAAGAGUAUGCCAUCUCUAAAUAAAAAUUGGGAGCACAAUGGCUCAGUGGUUAAUGACGUUGAGUUUGUCAGCUGAAAAGUGACAGUCUGGGUCAUACAAUGGAGUGAGCUCCCAUUAUUUGCCCCAGUUCCUGCCCACCCAACCAUUUGAAAGCAUGCAAAUGCAAGUAGACAAACAGGUACCACUUCAAUGGGAAGCUAACAGCAGUCUGAGUGCCUCAGUGUAUAGUCAUGUUGGCCACAGGACCACAGAAGUGUCUUCAGACAACACUGGCUUGCUUGGCUAAGAAGCAGAGAUGAGCAUCCCACCCCCACCCCCCAGAGUUGGACACAACUAGACCAGGGAAACCUUUAUCUUUAAAUAGUAGUUACAAAAAAAGAUGUACAUCUCCAUAGUGUCAUUUUGCAACCAUAAGCCCAUGAACUGAUUCUGACAGCAAGCCAAGGACUCCUAUGCUAGUGUAAACCAAGUCAAACUUUUUUAUAUGUUACCUAGUAUUUGGAACACUUUGGUACCAUGUCCCCCCAUUACACACAAAUGCAUUUAUUGCAACAUCAGCAAACCAAUUGUGGCAAUUAAAUUAAUUAAUUAAUUAUCCAUAAAUUAAAGGUUGCCUAACCAUAAGCCUGAUAGUUGGUUUCAGUGACGAACAAAACAGGGAGAAAAUCUGUGGGCAAUAAAGGAGACCGUCUCCCUAACUUCCCACAUCAGGGAAAGCAGACCAACUUAUAGGAUUUUCUUUUUUAGAUUGACAUAUUUAACAUACAAACUUUGGAAUAAUAACUAAAGAGCUUGAUGGUUCCAAAGAAAUCAUAUGCCCGCUGCCAUCAGUAAUAAUCCACUUUAAAUACUGCCUUUCUACUAUCGCUGUCAAGUUGUUCUUUCUUCAAUCCCAGUUCCUCCCCACUCAGUUGAGGUAACUCAAAGGCCUAUCUUGAAGAAAUGAAGCAAGAAGUUCCCCCCCCCCUCCUCUCUUAGUUGGAAAUUCUUUUUCUUCCAGCCCAAAGCGAAGUAGCAGACACAGGCAUGCCUCAUGUUGUUCCCAUUCAUCAGGGUAAUCACGUUUUCCCAAUUUCCAUAUGGUUGCCCUUUUUAAAAAAAGGAUCAAAGAGGAUUUAGGUCCAGCCAGCUGAGAUUCUGUUCAAAAAGCUGAAACGGUGCUUGGGUUUUUGCGGUUUCUCCAUCAGGCAUUCACAUCCACUGGAGAAGAGAAACUUAAUGCUUAAAACUGUCUUAACUGGCUUUUAAGAAGCGUUUGUUGGGUUAGUAACUACUGGUCUUUCCUUUUCUGGCGAGCGGUUGCUUUGCAGGCUUUUCUGUUCAGAUACUAUAGAUUUUAAUGGGCUUCAGAGGAAAAGCAAGACUUUCGCCAGCCUUCAGGCACAAGCACCCUCCCACCAGGGGUAUGAUCUGCAGAUAGCCAUGCUAUCAUGAAUGUGCACAUACAAACCAUCCUGGAAAGGGAAGCCUGCAGCGGGGAUGCAUGUAAAGGAACAGCCGUAACAUACCAAGUACAUAGAAUUCCAGAAGGAAGAAAAAAUCUUGGGCAAAUCUGAAGAGGGGCAAGAGAGAGGAUGCAUUCAUUUUAUAGAAAUGGAGUAGAAAAAGCAGUGACAUACUUGAGAGUUAGGGAGACCUCUCCUCCUCCUCCUCCUCCUAUCACAUACAUUGUUAAUCCCAAAACGUUUCUUAGUAUUUCUGACUAGCUGUGGGAAUAAGAUGUCUGCCUGUAGCAUGCAGAGUAAAAAGGCCUAAACUUUAUUCCUUUAGAGACCUGAUGCAUUUUUCAAUUAGUCAGUACUUUUAAAUUCCAUUAGAUUCAGAGGGAAUGCAAAACAUCAUUAGACUUGUUGCCCCGUGGGGUAAAUAUGAAGAAAAUGUUGUAAGUUAUCAAUAGGAGUGCUACCUUCAGAAAAGCAUUUAAGAUGCUCAUAAAAUGAAAGAGCCACUCUUUUACACAUGCUGUGCUGUGUUUAAAGACUGUCCAAAAAAACCUCACUAUUCUUUUUUUAAAAAAUCUAUGAAAUCAAGAUUGAACCAUCCCAAACUGUGAUGUCAUUACUUUCUAUGACUGGAAAUCAAUAAGCCAUCAAAUGACUUUAAGGCUAUCCAUGAUCCAUGCCUAAUCAUGUUUUUGUGUUUCUGAGUGUGCAUUCAUAUGAAAACACAUUUGUGUGCAUGCUGACUCCAGGUAUGUUUAUUUUAUAACAGCUAAGUUUGCCAUCUUUGGGAUGAAGGAGAGGAUCACUCAUAAAAGGGAGAUACUAGCUCUGCCCAAAUUUCUUUGUUUUCAGCUGGUAAAAAGGACUGGAAGUAGAAUCAUGCUGCUACUUGAGCUGUUCGUGCUAAGUCAGCUUUUCAGCUUUUCAAAGCUUUAAAGCAGGCAAGAGUAUUUUUGGCUAAGUUCUUUUACUAUCUGUUCAUCUCAUGUCAAUGUUAGUUCCCAAGUGGCUUUGAAUGUGAACAAUUCAAGUGUUCCAUCAACAGCAUAUACUUCAAAAGGUGUUUCAGGAUCUGUGUGAUGUUCAACCCGAUAUGGUACUGUAUGUAUCAAUUCCUUGAAAAACCAAUGAUGGAGUAGCCCAUUGUGUUAAGUCUCCAACUUCCUUGCAUUAAUAGGCAGAAUUAUCUAGGACUCUUUUUGCCUUUUACUCCACAACACUGGCCAACAGUGGACGAUGGACAAAGAAAUAAUAAACAUAUGACAAAGAUGGGAAGAGGGGGAAAAUUCAACAUAGGAUUACCGUGUGCACAUGUGCCCAUGAUAUCAAAGAUAGCAUUUAACAGUAUUGUAACUUCAGUGGAACCCUUUUGUUGAAGUGCAACCUGAACAAGAGAAGUCCAUUAAUGGCAACAGCACAAGAGCUGAAGCUGUACUGAAUACUGAUUGUGAGCACCAGAGCAGUGGUGGGAUUGAAAUACCUGAAAUUGAAUCUUAUUGGAUGGAAGCCUGGGCCUCCGAGGCCUAGAGCGGACUUCUGGAAGUGGCAUCCAUUAACUUCCGGUGGGCUGUUCUAGGCCUGGGAGGGCUCUUCCAGGCCUCCGAGGCCUAGACUGGACUUCAGGAAGCAGUGUGCAUUAAGCCGGUUCUCCGAACUCAGGUUCUACCACACCGGUGCGAACUGGCUGAAUCCCACUACUGUACCAGAGGCUUUCUGAAUGCCCAACAGUAGCAGCUGUUUUCAACUGUCAUACUAUAGGCCAGAAGGUUGGGUAGAAGGAGCAAUCAAUAAGAAAUUUUCUUGGGGGAUGAGGAAAGCUGGGACUAUCUUACCUUCUAUUCCAUUGGUAAAUGAAGUACUGGUAAAGGCAAUACAGCCUAGGCUAAAUCAGUGGUUUCCAACCUUGCCAACUGUAACACUUGUGGACAUGGCUGGCAGGAGUAUUCUGAGAGUUGAAGUCCACAACUCUUAACUGUUGCCAAGGUUGGACAUCCCUGGGCUAAAUGAAGGGGUUUUUUUUCCUUUUUUUUUUUUACAGGGCAUUCUUGUAUCUGUCUUUUUUUUUCCUUCACUCAUUUAAUGAUUUUGCCUUGUCUCAAAUCAUACCCCAAGGUUUCAUUGCAAAGCAAUUUGAAAACAAACAACAGUGGAAAAAGGUAGUUUCCUGGAAAAUGGUUUGAAAAAAUAAUCAACAAGACACAGCUGCUGAGAACUUUGUUUAUUUUGCUGCUUUGACUGACACAGGAAAAAACAAACAUUUGGAGGUGUGUUUUUUUUCUUCAAAAAAAUAAAAAUAAAAUCAGCCCAAAUGGAACCUAGAUGAAAGCUUUUUGACUGCUUUCAGCUUCAUGGCUGGCAUUUCAGGGAAGGCAAGGUGACUUUUUAUCCUGCCCCAACUCUUUAUUAACAAAUUGUGGGUGACCCACUAUCCAGUCCUCCUUCCGCAUAAAUAAAUAGUGCUAGGACCUUUGUACUACUGAUCUUGAAGGGCAGUUUUCAAUGUGUAAUAAUAUAUCUGUUUUGGGAUGUGCAGUGACUGAAAAGGAGAAUGGGAGAAAACAAAAUCAUAAGAGAACAAUCUUAGUCAAUUGCAUUGUUGUAAAAUAUUGUAACCUUGUAUAAAUGCAACUUUUUUUUCCCUUUAGCUUUAUGGCCUGAGGCAGAAUAUAUGAAAAUAUAUGUUCAAAAAAUGUUGACAAGUAAAGCAAUGGAUUGAGAGGAAAGCCUACAAAAUUGCAUUGUGAGGUUGUGCCAUACAAUUUUACUGCCUAUACAGAUAUGUACUGCAAAUUCAUUACAUUAUAAUAU